AUGAGCCUUGACCGCAUAAUUCUGCGCGGCAUGCAGUUUUACGGGUUUCACGGUGUGAAUCCGGAAGAGCGUCGGCUGGGGCAACCCUUCAUUGUUGACCUGGAAGCUGAAUUGGAUCUGGCAACUGCCGGGGAAUCGGAUCGGUUGCAGGAUACGGUGAGUUACACCCAUCUGUAUCGUGUCGUGAAAACGGUGGUGGAAGGAGAACCGCGCAACCUGCUGGAGAACGCAGCUUCGGCCAUCGCGCGUGGAGUAUUCGACCAACAUCCUGCGGUUCAGGCGGUUCGAGUCAGAGUACAAAAACCACGCCCGCCGAUCCGAGGGUCGGUUGUGGAAGCGGCGGAAGUGGAUAUUUAUCGUACGCGCGACGACUGGCGCCAAUUCGGCUCGACGGUCGUGACAUCCUGA